GGAGGAAAUGGGAAGCCGGGGAAGUUGGGCCGAUAUUUCCUAUAUAAACCCCCAUGACACCUUGCUUUGCCUCAUAUUUGCGUUCUCUUUCUUCCUCGCUCUUGCUUGCUCUGACUCUCAAAUCAAAGAGCCCCUCUUUUUCCUCUCUCUCUCUCUCUCUCUCUCUCCACUUGUGCAUUCAAGGAUUCAAGGAGUAUCCAUGAGUAGAGCGUCGAGGUAUAUUGGAUUUUGAUCCUUUUCAAGUUCCUCAUUGGAGAUAACUGUAUCAAUAGGGCCUGUUUACAAUUUAGUUUUUAUGCAUUUCUGUAUCACAUGGGUUCUCGAGGAAGAUUACUAUUUGAUCUUAAUGAACCCCCUGUCGAGGAUAAUGAAGAUGGUGAUGUUAUUGUCUUCCAGCCUCAAAAGGCUCAACCAUCUGCAAAUUCCCAUGCGUCAGACUUAUUUCCAUCAUCAGGAGGUCCCCAAAGAAUAUUAAACAACCAUGCGUUUUCUCAUGCCUCCUCCGUAUCAGGUUUUCAGCCUUUUGUUCGAAGUAAACUUGGUUCUAAUCCUGAAAUGGGAGAAGAACAAAAGAAAAUGUCAGAUCAAAAUUCUAAGGUUACCUCAUCAUCCAAGUUAAACAAUGUUGAGACUGCAACACCCAUAUUGGUUUCAGGUUCUAGAGACACUCAAUCAGUAGAAAGGGAAGAAGGAGAAUGGUCUGAUGCUGAGGGUUCUGCAGAUAUAAAUGGAGGCAGUGUUUUGCGUAAACAGUUAAGACCUUCACAAGAGCAGGGCUUACUUUCUCCUUCCCACGAUGUUUCUGUGAACAAUUCCUGCAACACCAAAGUUUCUGAUAGUACCAUAGAUAAAAGUAGUAAUCAUGUACCUUCAACAACAGAUCCAGAGCCAAAUGAUCGGAAAAACAACAGUAUCCUAAAUACAGAAAACAAUGUUAAACUUGAUACCUCCACAGAUAGUGUUCAGGAAGAAACUGGGUUGCCUUCAAAACAAAGAGAAGUUAAGGGCAUUGAAGCAAGUCAUGCUAUAAAAUGUGCUAAUAAUCCUGGAAAGAGGAAAAUAGAUCAACAUCUAGAAGCCAAGCUUGGGAAGAAGCGUAGUAGGCAGACAAUGUUUCUUAAUUUAGAAGAUGUGAAGAUGGCUGGGCCUAUGAAAACUUCAACGCCUCGAAGGCAAGCAUUUCCACCUCCUAUAACCACGCGCAUUGUGAAGGAAGUUCAUAGUGCAACCCAAGUUAAUGAACGUGUUGGGGAAAAACAGACUGUUAAUAAAGACCAGAAACAAGGUGAUGUUUCAAGUCAUGAAGGAGUAGGCAUUUCCUCGGAAUCUGGUGAAUCAAAAUUGGACAGUAAUGGUGAUAUGAGUUCUGGAUUACUAGCUCGGCCAAACAGGCCAAACAAUGAUGGAGAUAUCCCAGCAGAGGCACCUUUACCACCAAUUCCCAGACAGGGUUCAUGGAAAAUACCUACGGAUUCAAGGAUGCAGAGGAAUAUGCAGGUCUCCAAUAGGAAACCAGCUAUAUCAAAUCAAAGUUCUUCUGACCACAAGCAGAUAAAUAAGAAGCAUCUUCCGGCCAAGAAGCAGAAUUCUGUUAGUAGUCAUCAAGACUCAUCAGUUGAACGACUUAUACGGGAGGUGACCAAUGAAAAGUUUUGGCAUCACCCAGAGGAAACUGAACUCCAGUGUGUUCCUGGUCGAUUUGAAUCUGUGGAAGAAUACAUCAGAGUGUUUGAACCUUUGUUAUUUGAGGAGUGUCGGGCUCAACUUUACAGUACGUGGGAGGAACUCUCUGAAACAUUCUCAAGAGAUACACAUGUGAUGGUUCGUGUCAAGAAUAUUGAAAGGAGGGAAAGAGGAUGGUAUGAUGUAAUAGUUCUUCCUGUGAACGAGUGCAAGUGGUCAUUCAAGGAGGGUGAUGUGGCAGUUCUUUCAUGCCCCAGACCUGGAUCAGUCCGAUCAAAGAGGAACAAUACUAUGUCUGUGGAGGAUGAGGAAGACCCUGAAUCUGGUGGACGUGUGGCUGGAACUGUUCGGCGACACGUUCCCCUUGACACUCGUGACCCGCCAGGCGCCAUCCUGCACUUUUAUGUUGGGGACUCAUACGAUCCUAGUAGGAUUGAAGAAGAUCAUAUAGUUAGAAAACUUCAGGCAAAGAAUGUUUGGUUUUUAACGGUGCUCGGUUCUCUUGCAACAACCCAGCGAGAGUAUGUUGCCCUGCAUGCAUUUCGUCGGCUCAACAUGCAGAUGCAAUCUUCAAUCCUUCAGCCUAGUCCUGAACAAUUUCCGAAGUAUGAGCAACAGUCACCUGCUAUGCCCGAGUGUUUCACGCAAAAUUUUGUUGAGUAUUUGCAUAGGACCUUCAACGGACCUCAGCUAUCUGCAAUCCAAUGGGCAGCAACACAUACAGCUGCUGGUACAAGCAGCGGGACAGUCAAGAGGCAAGAACCAUGGCCUUUUACACUCGUGCAAGGUCCUCCUGGAACAGGCAAGACACAUACAGUUUGGGGAAUGCUAAAUGUUAUCCAUCUGGUUCAGUACCAGCAUUACUAUACUUCCUUGCUUAAGAAACUAGCACCAGAAAGCUAUAAACAAGCUCAUGAGAGCAGCUCAGAUCAUGUCUCUACUGGAUCCAUUGAUGAGGUACUCCAAAACAUGGACCAGAAUCUUUUCCGCACUCUUCCCACACUGUGUCCUAAACCUAGAAUGUUAGUCUGUGCACCUUCAAAUGCUGCAACAGAUGAGCUUCUUGCACGUGUUCUUGAUCGGGGGUUUAUUGAUGGGGAAAUGAAGGUUUAUCGACCUGAUGUGGCUCGAGUUGGUGUUGAUUCACAAACACGUGCAGCCCAAGCAGUUUCAGUUGAGCGUAGAACAGAACAACUUUUGGUCAAAAGUAGAGACGAAGUCUUAAGAUGGAUGCACCAGCUAAAAGUUCGCGAAACUCAAUUAUCUCAGCAAAUCAGUAAUCUUCAGAGAGAACUCAAUGUUGCUGCUGCUGCUGUUCGCUCUCAAGGAUCUGUUGGUGUGGACCCUGAUGUUCUGGUGGCUCGUGACCAAAAUCGAGAUGCAUUGUUGCAAAACCUUGCUGCUGUAAUAGAAGGUAGGGAUAAAAUUUUAGUUGAGAUGUCACGCCUACUUAUUUUAGAAGGCAGGUAUCGAUCUAACAGCAAUUUCAAUAUGGAGGAUGCACGAGCUAGUCUUGAGGCUAGUUUUGCCAACGAGGCCGAGAUAGUUUUCACUACAGUGUCAAGCAGUGGUCGCAAAUUGUUUUCUCGACUAUCUCAUGGUUUUGACAUGGUAGUCAUUGAUGAGGCGGCCCAAGCCAGUGAGGUAGCUGUUCUUCCGCCACUUUCUCUUGGGGCAGCAAGGUGUGUGCUUGUUGGAGAUCCCCAGCAGCUCCCAGCUACUGUUAUCAGUAAAGCAGCUGGAACAUUGUUGUACAGUAGAAGUCUCUUUGAAAGAUUCCAGCAAGCAGGAUGUCCCACUAUGUUGUUAUCGGUGCAGUAUAGAAUGCAUCCUCAAAUACGUGAUUUCCCUUCAAGGUACUUCUACCAAGGGCGCCUUACUGACAGUGAAAGUGUUGCUAAUUUACCUGAUGAGACAUACUACAAAGACCCUAUACUUAGACCUUACACUUUCUUUGAUAUUACGCAUGGGCGGGAAUCUCAUAGAGGGGGAUCUGUUUCGUAUCAAAAUAUUCAUGAAGCACAAUUUUGUCUUCGUUUGUAUGAACAUCUACAGAAAACCGUGAAGUCAUUAGUCUUGGGUAAAGUUUCAGUUGGUAUAAUAACACCAUACAAGCUCCAAUUGAAGUGCCUCCAACGUGAGUUUGAGGAGGUUCUGAACUCUGAAGAAGGGAAGGAUCUAUAUAUUAAUACUGUAGAUGCUUUCCAAGGUCAAGAAAGAGAUGUGAUUAUCAUGUCUUGUGUGCGUGCCUCCAGCCAUGGUGUUGGUUUUGUUGCAGAUAUUCGUCGAAUGAAUGUAGCACUGACCCGAGCAAGGAGAGCUCUUUGGGUGAUGGGCAAUGCUAAUGCCUUGAUGCAGUCUGAUGAUUGGGCUGCGUUGAUCACUGAUGCGAAGUCAAGGAACUGUUACAUGGAUAUGGAAUCCCUUCCGAAGGAUUUCCUCGGACAGAAGGGAUCCACUCAGUCUACUUUGCCUGGGAAGAACUCUUCCAACACUAGGGGCCCGAGAUCAGUUCUUCCAAGACAUAGGUCUCUAGAUAUACACGUGGAGUCGAGGUCUGGAACACCAUCGGAAGAUGAUGAGAAAUCAAACUCUUCAGUAAUUACUAGGAAUGGAAAUUACCGGUCUUCUAAGGCUGCCGUAGAGACUUCCGCAGAAGAUUUUGAUCAGUCAGGUGACAAACUGAGAGACACUUGGCAAUAUGGUAUGCAGAAAAGGCAAAGUUCUGCUGGGACAGUUGGGAAGAGAGAUGUUUAAUCAAUGGCUCUCUGAAUUGGUUUCAAUGGUUCAGAGGAAACCUUUUGGUUAAUAUCAUGUGUGCAUCCGCAUGAGGCUCAGCUUUUGAAGGCUAUCCUGCAUGCUGAUCCCUGGCAGUGUCUGAGUAUGUUAUUGUCUUGACAAUCCUAAGCCUAUUUGAUUGAAGAUAAGAAUUGCAAAAGCAUACAGAAUAGGGAAACAAGUUACACAGCAUCUGCAGACAUCUAUUCUGGGGGGGGGAUCCGUUUCUUUGAUUUAAGUGUAUACUUUUGGGUUACCAGCAUACUGAGAAAGGUGAGCCUGCUGUUUUGAGACUGCUUAUCAUGACGUUUGGCGACUUAGAUCCUUCUUUUUUCAUAGUAUUUGUGUAUGCAUGUCUAGGGAUCAAAUGAUGGCAUCUGGAUGUGUUCGUUCUAUCACGAGAACUAGAGAGCCACAGGCUGUAAUGGGAAUUGAAUUGGGUGCCUGUGGUCAGUGGAAUUACUGUCCUCAAAUGGCCAUGACUCGCUUUUGGUCUUUGAUUAUCGAACCCUCGUGGAGGUGGAGAUCGACUCUCUGGGGAGCUGGCCGAGGUAAAUUCAGAAGUAAGAUGGUCGAUGAACAUUGUUUUGGACAAAUAAAUGCGUAAAGAUGACACAAGUAAGAAGCUGAAGGGUUGCAAUAUUGUGUUUUCUCGGCCUUUUUAGAGGGAACACUUUUCUCAGCCCUUGUGUAGUUAGAAAAUGAUUCCGGGGAGCUAAAGUUAUAUGGGGGGGCCUACAGCAGCUGGGAAUAGGAAACAAUUGUACAGUAACUAAUGGGGGAGAGCACUGGUUGUGUUGGAAGGCAUCAAAAUUUUGAAUGGCGUUAAAUGCCAAGUUGGGUCGUACAUAAACCCCGCCUUCAUUUGAAAUUAUAGCGAUUCUUUUGUUGCAGUUCCCUCUUUUUCGACCCAAUUCCUAAAUUCUUCAUUACAUAUUAAUAUUUGUAUGAGUUAUGAAAUUGUGCAGUUGUUGAACAGGAAAAACAACAUGGCACAUGGGAGAGGACUGAGGUUAAUGGUAUGCCAUGGGCUGUGUUUUCUUCUUU